AUGGAGAAAUUGGCGGUUUUCAUAUUUUUUGUAGACGAAGUUUUCGGUCGAAAAAGUGGAGCGAAAGGAACUACUGGUGGCGCCGGAAGCGAAGACAUCUCCUUAAACCUCAACAGUGAUGACGGGACUUUUGCCGAUUUUCUCACAGGGCUUGAAUUUAUCGCAGCUGUUUGCGUCGCUGUCGGGACAGUUUGGAUUUUUAUUGUGAUCAAUCAAAUUCGGAAGAUGCCGAUGAAACACGAGUGCCCGUUUGAUUUCUCGAAGUUGCAGGAUCCCAUUGAUAGAUGCCAAGAUCUCAGGUACAUCCUCAGUCAAUCGAAACUCCGCCUCCCAGAGCGCAAAAAGGCCCACAAGAAAAUCCUCUACAAACUCUGGGGUGAAAAUGACCUCAUCGACAAAUCAGAAAUCCACAACGUCAUGGCCCAUCCGGAACAAGAAUUUGCCUUUGUUCGGAAAUCAAUGAUGGAAAUCAUGAAAAACAAAGACACAAAAUACAAUCAUCUAUUGGUUGUUUCUUUUUACCCGAGAAAUUUUUAUGAAUCGACUUCUUUUGGAGAAGGUUUGACAAAAACCAUUGAAGAUGAAAAGAGGAUGGCAAAGAAGAGGACCAAUAUCUUUAGCACAAGCAAGAAGUUAUUGAAGAAAUUCGAUGCGUACAGUCCGUCCAAAGAAUCAUUUAUUUUCACUCAUUCUCUCCUUUGGGACAAUGGGUUCGUCAAUAUAGAGAAAUUUCGCGCUGAUGGACAAGCUUAUUCUUCAUACUCCGAUGAUGAUGAUUAUGAGUACAAUAUUCCUUAUGCUCCAAUUUUUCUUGCUAUUGUCAACAAUUUCGAGGAGGUCGGAGAUGCCUGUCUUGAUAAUAAUGACAUGAGAGAUUUUAUAAAAAUUGUCAAUGGUUACUUUGGAGAAACUUUCAAACAUUUUCAAAUUGCUGGAAAAUUUAAUUGGCAAAUGGAAAUCAUAGAUGACCAUCAAAACAAUACAUGUACAAGAAAGAACCCAGUUCCUAUCGAGAAUAAUGACGGCAGGGAUUUGAUGAGAGCCCUGAUCAAAAAUCAAACAAAUCCACCAGAGAUGAGAGAAAAUGACGAUGUCUACAGAUUGAUAAGAAAGGAAACAAAUUCAGAAAUUUGGAAUGUACUUUUGAACGAGGUCACAGUGGGAGAAGCUAAGAAUUUGCUAGAAUCUUUCAAGAAUGAGCAAGAAUGUCCAAUCGUUCUUUACAUAAGUUCACAUGGUUAUUAUGAUGCACAAGGGAAGAAAAUAUGCCUUUCACAUGGGGAUAUAAGUCUCAACAAAUUGAUAAACAUCCUUCAUGAUGACGUUCCAAAAAUUAUUUUCGCCGACAACUGCUAUGGCAAAAACAGUGAUUAUACAGAAAAUGCGUGGCGACGCAAAAAAGACGAACGGGAACAAGAUUCGGAAGAUCGGGAAAAAAGUCCCAAAGCACCAACGACUAGUCCUCCAACUUUGCCAAAAGAUCCAGCUACGCCGACGGACAAGCCUCCUGUUAUUGGAGGCUCACCGGCCGCUGGAGGUGCUGGAAGUGCAUUGCCGAAGAGAAACCAAAAUAAAAAUGACAGAAAAGAGAUGACAGAAAUCCCAAAUCAGGAAAUCAACGAAGAAAAACCGGUUGAACCUGAAUGUUCGCCUUCGCCAGAAAUUCCACCAAAUACAAUCAUCAUUCAUGCGUCGCCAUUCCAGACUUCUGCCCAUCAAGACGAUGGAUCAAUUUUUCUCAAAGCGCUAAACGAAUCUAUCGUUUUGGCUUCGAAAGAUAAAAAACUCGACAUACUCAAGCUUUCUUUUGUGAUUGCCCGAAAAAUGGCGGAAGAACCAGCUGUCAAAUAUCCUUGUGAAAAUUUUGCUCCGAUGUGCGAAACCGAAGUGAAUCUUAAAAAGAAGCUCAUUCUUGACACAACUAUCAAAAACUCAACGAAAAAUUGA